AUGCCUCAGUUUACCUUCUACGCUCACCCCAUCGCCACGGCACCAGACCGUGUCCAGCUCGCCGUCGAUGAGGCUGGCUUCACGGACUACGAGCGCAUCGACAUCGACAUGGGAGCCAAGGAGCAGAAGUCUCCCGAAUAUCUCGCCCGCAACCCCUUCGGCAAGGUGCCCGUCAUCGUCACCUCCGACGGGAUCACCAUGUACGAAUCCCGCGGCAUAGCCCGCUACCUCUGCACCCGCUACAACUUCGACCUCUUACCCGACCCCAAGGACAACGCUGCCGUCGCUCUCUUCGAGCAGGAAAUCUCCUGCGAGGCGGCGUUCUUUGACCGCCCUGCCUCGGCCAUCAUCUACGAAUCGGCCAUCAAGCCUCUCCUCGGCAUGGAGAUAAGCCAGGCUGCCGUGGACGAGAACAGAAAGACCCUAGGCGAGUACCUGGACGUUGCGGAGGCCAUCUUCAGCAAGACCGGAAAGAAGUUCUGGGCCGGUGACAAGUACACGCUUGUCGAUGUCUACUAUAUCCCACAGCUGGGUAGGAUCUUUGAACGAGGACACGGUGAUCUGAUUACUUCCAGACCUGCGCUCAAGGCCUGGUGGGAGCGUUGCAUGGCCAGGCCAGCCGCCAAGGCCUUUGUCGAUAGGGUGCCCAAGAUGGAUGAGGUUAUAGCGCAGUGGAAGAAGAAGGAGAGCGAGGCAAAGUAG